AUGGAAUUUCAUCAGUUUCGAGAACGAUGCCAUGAAGUACAAAGCACGCUGAUAUCCGAAAUCCGCACCGAAAAUUCUGAUUCGUACAAGGGAGAGACCAUUAUUGAACCCGCUCUAGAAAGUCAGGAAGAUGACCUGUUGCAGGAAUCGUUUCAAAAUGUGGUGGCUGAUGAAUCGAUGGACAUAGGAGAAAUUAAAAUCGAAACUGAUGCCAAUGCAGAAUUGACAACAUUUCCAGACACAAAUAAACAUACAAAUGGAACGCAAACUGCAGUAGUACAGAUAGAAGACGAUGCCAACAACCACCAGUCACUUGAAUGUGAUAUAUGCCAUAAAAUAUUGGGCUCCACAGCAAGGCUGAAAUGUCAUAUAAGAGUUGUACAUGGUCCAAAAAAAUUCGAUUGCGUUCCCUGUGGAGUAUCAUUUACUGAACGAAAACACUAUGAUGUGCAUUUGCAAACUAAAUGGCAUAUCAAAAAAAUGCAGGACCUUGGAGUUAAAGACGAAACUAUCCCAAAAAAAGAGUUCCAGUGUGAUAUAUGUCCUGCAUCGUUUUCGACAAAAGCACAGCUCGAAAACCAUUACUGUAGAAGUCAUAAACCAAGACAAUUUACUUGCCCCUAUUGUCAAAAGAAAUAUGUAUCCAACCACGAUAUGCGUAGGCAUAUUGCGAAUGCUCACACGAGUGGGGACGAAAGACCAUUCGAAUGCGAUAUUUGUCAAAAGACAUUCAAGGUAAAAUCCCACAUAUAUGAGCAUAAGACUCGAGUGCACGGCCCAAAACUGCACCGUUGCGAUGUUUGUGGAUCCAGUUUCAGUACAAGCUCGAACUUAGCUCGGCAUAUGGCCACUCACAAUCGAAUCAAAUGAAGAUUAUAAAUUGGGUGCAUUGGAUGAUCACAAAUUUUAACUCUCUCAAGG